AGUGUAACACUGAAGAACAUACUAGUAUAUAAGAAAUGUGGUCUUUUUUUUUUUAUUAAAAGUAUGUGAAGUAAAGAUAUGAUCUGAAAUGUUCCCAGAUUUCAUCACAACUAUUUAUCACGGGUGAGAGCCGACAUGUCAGAACUGGCCUCACAGUGCUUUAAAAAAAGAAAUGUUUUUAUUUUUUUGACAAAACUUGAUCCUGUUUUUAUUCAGUAUAAAAUUUCCUGAACAUUGGACAUUCAAAAUAACUAAUGCAGAUGUUAUCCCUCUAGAGAUGUAUUUUUAUGUAAAAAUUAACAUUUGUCAGUUAUAGAUGUCGGAUCUGAGGCUGUUUGUUGUACCUGGGUUUUGUUAUUCAAACUAAUGUCAGAACUGGAGAUGAUAAGUUUCACCCAAACACAUACAUUUAGUGAAUAUAUUUACAGUCCAUGUGUGCCCAUGGACUGUAUAUAAGAAGUGGACGUAGUCACCAUGACAUCACUAAUUAGUUUGUGGGCUGACAUUUGAAGCCUCAAGUUCGGCAAUUUGGAGCCAAGUACAUCCAAAUGCCUUUCACCUUUAUGAGGUGAAAACACACUGUGAAAGAGUUAAAGUUGGAAGAUGAAAACACGGACAGCUCCCAGACUGGGCCACACUGUGGUGGAGACCUGUCAAUCACAGUAGCCCCGCCCUAAAGCAUCCCCUGCUUUAUGGUCUGUUUGACUCUAAAUGGAGCAUCAUUUACUAAAUGAACAUCAUGCUGUAUUGAAGAAGACUUGAAACUAGAGAUUGAGACCAUAAACUCAUGUUUACAAUGUUUACUGAGGGAAUAAAUCAAGAGAGAAGUAGAGUCAUUUUCUCAUAGACUUCUAUACAACCAGAGGAGUCGCCCCCUGAAGGAGCAAAAGUUCCUCUUGUUCAAAAAUACCAAGUUGUGGAAUUAUUGGGUCAAAGAGGGGCUUUAGUUCAUCCAAUUAGAAAAACUUUAUUCUUAGUUCUACUAGUGAAGCAUGAUGGCAGCUCAUGACCUUUGGAAAACUCUGGAGGACCUUUCAGAAGAGCAGUUCAAGCAGUUCAAGUGGUUCCUGAAGCAAGAUGACAUCCCUAAAGGUUUCUCAGCCAUCGCCGUGGCCCGGCUGGAGGGGGCAGACAGACAGGACACGGUGGAUCUGAUGGUGCAAAAAUACCCCCGCACUGGAGCUCUGGAGAGAACCAUGAGCAUUUUAGAGGAGAUCAGCAGGAAUGAUCUGAAGCAGCGUUUGUUCAACACUCUUAACUCAAGACGAAAAGAACUCAAGAACCAUGACUCUGCUCCUCUCAAUUGUGAAUAUGGAAGAAUGAAGUCCAAGCUUGAGAAGACAGAGGAUGAAAUCAAGCUGAUGAUCCAGGAGAGACAGAAGAAAAUCUUGGAAAUCAACAGCUCAGAAGAGUUCAACAGUAAAUCUGCAGACAGACACAUCGCAGACAGUGAGCAGGUCUAUGCUGUUAUGCAGCAGUCUGUCAUAGACAGUCUGGCUCAUCUCAAUUUGGCAAUUAAAGAAAAGCGGGAAACGACAAAGAAACAGGCCAAAGGAUUCAUCCAAGAGCUGGAGCAGGAAAUCUCCGAGCUGACAAAGAGAGGUGCUGAGGUGGAGCAGCUCUCACGCACCCCGGACCACCCUGACUUCCUGCAAAACUUCUCAUCCCUGAAUGCUAUUCCACCCACCAAGAACUGGACAGAAGUCAGCGUCACUCCGGCAUCAUAUGGGGGAAGUGUGGGGGCCGCUGUGAAUCAACUGGUGGAAACACUCAGUAAAGAGAAGGAGAAAUUGAUCGCCAAAUUCAAACUGAGAAGGGUCCAGCAGUUUGCUAAGGAUGUGACUUUGGAUCCUGAUACAGCAAACGCCAAUCUCAUAUUGUCUGACGAUGGGAAAAAAGUUUACUGUGGUGACGCAAUACAAAACCUCCCAGACAACCCAGAAAUAUUUAAUCGUGCUAUAAAUGUAUUAGGAAAGGAGAGUUUCUCUUCAGGGAGGUUUUACUACGAGGUUCAGGUUAAAGGAAAGACUUCCUGGGAUUUAGGAGUCGUCAAAGAGACGGUCAACAGGAAGGGGUCCAUCUCAGCAAGCCCCGACAAUGGCUACUGGACUAUAUGUUUAAGGAAAGGAAAUCAGUACAACGCUCAUGCUGUCAAUCUCACUGUAAAAAAUCAGCCAGAGAAGGUGGGCGUGUUUGUGGAUUAUGAUAAGGGUUUAGUGUGCUUCUAUGACGUAGACUCUGAAGACCUUAUCCACUGCUUUACUGACUGUUCCUUCACUGAGAAACUCUACCCAUUCUUUAGUCCCGGUAGACAUUUCGAUGGAAAAAACGCCACCCCUCUGAUCAUCUCUCCUGUCAAUUACAACGAUUAGAUUUGAUAUAUCAUCUACUUCUACAACUGAUUCUACAAUUUAAGAAACAUCCCCCAAAAAUUGCAAUUGUGAUGUUAGUGAUUAACCAAGUUAAUGAUCCUAAAACAGUGUAGGAGAUGACUGAUAUGCUUUGAAACUGUCUUUGGAAUUUGGUUGUACCCAACCUGCACAGCUAGAUGGUGCCACUUCCUCUUUGAUAAAAGAGUUAAAUAUGUGUGUGCUGUCUUGCUCUGCACCCUGAUCAAGAGUUAUUUCUUUGAAUAAAUGUCUUUA